UGCACCGGUGGCUUGAUGUACAGCCACGAGCUGCAGACCUGCGACUGGCCACGCAACGUUGGAUGUGAUCUGCCCGCGCUUAGCUCACCGUCGGCACCGUCGGCUGGCCGUACGGUUACGCCACGCGUACCGCAGGUGCUGAGCAGAGUGCGCUUUUCGUCAUCUGGUGCAUCGGCUCCAUCGGGACCGUCGGGACCAUCGGGACCGUCGGGACCGUCUGGACCUUCGGGACCUUCCGGUCCGGCCGAACCAUCCGCACCGGCACGCAUUCAACAGAUUCACAAUCUGCCACCGCCACCGCCACCACCGGCCAACCCGAACCCGGUCAUAACCACACGCGGCCAGCCGAAGAACUCGCCCCAGGAGAACAUUGCCCAGCUUUACGCCGAAGCUCACGAAACACUGCCACCGGUGGAGGAAGAGGAAUCGGAUCGUCAGCAGCGUGUUUACCGCGGACAGCCAAGCACGGUAUCGCAAGUGCAGCGCGAUCGGGACGGUAUCCUGCAGCAACAGAGUGUCAAUGCUAUACCGACUCAGGCUAAAGUAGGUUCCUUUGCGUACAGUGCUCAACCACAGCCGUUCAGUGCUGACAAGAACGAUGACGAGUCACUACAAACGUUAGACGAUACAUCUUCCACUGACAGCAAAGCCCACGAUCGCAAGAAACGAGACACUAUCGGUCAAACUAAGCCUGAUACUAAAACGGACACUGCCCAUGCGCCACCGGUGACGCAGAUUGACCCAACUUCCGGGGCUGGUACCGGUGACGAAAUAAACAAAAACACUGUCAAACGAUCCAACACGGAUGAAGCUUCGGUGCAAGACUUGCUUGCGCCGGAGAAUUCUCCUGACAGUUUGGCACCAUCCAGCGGUGGUGACAGCCAGCGUACGGCACGUCAACUUCGUCAGUUGGGAAAUUGGCAGUACCGAUCGCUGGACACAUCUCUUUCUCGCCAAAACAAUUACUCGCCGAGCAGUUUUGAUCCGUUCGGAUACACGGUGUUACCAACUGCUUCGACGUAUUUUAAGCCCGGUGCACGAUACUUCCAACCGCAAACGUACAGCAAGAAGGAACUGACCCAAACCUAUAACGACUAUCUGGAAGCUUACAGCAAAAGCAAGCAGCCCACGUACAACGUCCGUCCGGUGGAGCUGCAACCGCAUAAAUCGUCCGGUUUGCAAAAUUACAAGACUAUUGCCAAAAUCACACCCCAGGACACGAUCAUUCCGCUGCUGCUAGCCAAUCAGCAACAGCAGCGACCGCACCAAUCAAACUACGGUCAAACACAAUUCACAGCGGCCGCUUUUGUCAACAGUCACAAUAACAAAAAGUACACAACGCCCGCAUCACCGCUCGAUGGUGACGAGGAAACGAUACCGGACAACUUUGCGUUCUUUCACUUCGGCAACACCUACUCCUCCACGCCGAUUUCCGUCAACAAUCACGCGAAAGCGCCAAAGCAAUCGAAACCCUCCAACGUGCAGAUUUCGAACGUGGCCCAACCGACCCAAAAGACGCCCUACAUAGCCUUCAGCUCGGUCGGAGGAUUCUUCAACAACCAACCCACGGCAAACCCGCUGAAGGAGAGCUUCGUCGUUAAACCCAAUCACUCGAAACCGAAGCAGGUGCACGUUGUAUCAGCUGGUCCCAGUACUCCGGCACCCGUGUACGAGGGCAUCUCGAAUUCGAUUCAAUCGAGCGGACUCCGAUUCUCCGUCACCACACCAAAGAUUGUGCAGGGAACCGGCCUGGAACUGUACCAACCUAACGUCUAUCUUAACGCUCCCCGACCACAGAUCUACAGCGGAUAUGGUGGUAAACCUUCCGGGGCUAUUUAUGAAGCAUCGACGCCUAAGCCGAGUUCGGCUCAAUUUGUUACCAAGUCAACUAAUGGCUUCCAGCCCAUCUCAGUGUCGACCACACCGAAAUACUAUCAACCUCAACUAUCCAAGACGGUGAGCCCGAGUGAGUACAGCAAAUUCUACGAAUCCAUCAAGAACUCCCACAUCGCCCAGCUAAAACCAAAUGCAGAACCUGCGCCUGUUCGUAUUGGAUCAGGCCAGGUAGUUUACCGGCCCGUUUCCAACAACACAAAACUUCAGCCAGUUUCCCAAGGAUACGGCCCACAACAGGUAUUCUACAGUCCCGCGGGAUCGUCUCCACUCAGCCCGGUAUCUGCACCAAAACCUCAAGAAUCGGCCGAGUUUUACUACGAAGAAGAUGACGAUAUAGACCAGCGCGGUCAAAAGUAUGUGAAGAACACGCUGGACCUAAACCGGCGCCCCGUUUACGGCAAACGUCCUUAUGGGGACGAGGAAGAGGAUGAAGAUGAAUAUUACGAAGACGACGAGGACGAUGAUGAUGAAUAUCAGUAUCGGUAUCCGGUGAACAAAUCCAAGUACACUCCAAUGACGGAAACAAUGGCUCCGCGGCCAAUGCAAAAUGUGACCACACCCAAGCCACCGGGCUCGGUAUCGGGUAAUCUGUACUACAACUACGAAACAACUACGUGGCGUGCACCGACAGUGACCACGUAUUCCCCCAGCUCCACCUCCGACAUUCCACCAAUCAUCAAAUUCCCGGAGGAUGUCUUCCAGGGUAUUAAGCCGCUAGGCGACGUACCGCGUUAUCUUAACAAAUCCACCCUUAGACCGUACACGAUACGGCACCGUCUACGCCCAACGGUUGUACAGCACAAUCAUCUAGAAGAGAGUGUCUCCAGUGAUCGUGGCCGCAUUAUGACCACGACAGCUACCGCUAGACCUCCAGUGACGACGACUGCACCCCGCUACUAUCCUACCACGGUGCGUACGCGCAUCACGACCAAGACUUCGACUCGUAAACCAGUGGCCGUUACGACGCAACCCACGGUCACUACCACUACCGCCACGCCCGAACCUCCGACUACCCAGACGACGUCGCGCAAACGCUACACGAUUCGACCGAAUCGUGGCCAGCAGCGCUGGCGCACAACCGAGACACCGGAACCAAGCACGACCAACGGCCGACAAGCCAGUCCGACCAGACCGACCAAAAUUCGACCGCCACUGGAGCUCGAUGAACGCCUACCGAACAGAGUUGAAACAUCGUCACCAGCCCCACAGAACCGAUAUGUGCCGGAACAGCAACAGAAGACGCAGCUCACGCAGAGUAACAGAAAUUACUACAACACCAGCAACUACGAACCAUCUGCGUACGAUUCGUACUACGCCGUUUACGAUGAGGAUGUUGAAUUGUACCGAGAUGUUGAAUAUCAACCACAACCCCAGAAACCAGUCGUUUCGUCUACGUACCGUCCGACAGUGGUCACCACCGUGGCUCCCACUUCGCAGCGAGAUCCGUACGUCACUUCUCCACGAACUACCUACCAGAGACCUUCCUACCAGGCAGACUAUGACGAUGCUCUAGUGGCUCAGCUUGAAGAAGAUCGUUACAAUCAGAAGCAAACCAAUACACAAAUAAGAAAUGAGUUGAACUCAAUCUCGGACCGUCCGAUACUGGUGUCGUCCACGAUCCGUGCGUAUAACAGCCCCAAGUAUCAGACGGCCUUCGUUACGACGCCCGAGCCCUUCUCACUGCCGUCGUCAACCACAGCCAGAACCACUACAACCACCACCACCACUACCACCACCACAACACCUGCUCCAAUACAGUACUAUACUACAAGAUCAUCACAAUUGGACGAUCAAAGUAAUAAAACAACACCCAAAUCAAUCAUAUUAACACUCGCAGCACGCGCGGGUUCCUCAUCGACCCCAGAGCCUUCCUCCUCUCCCUUCCUUGUGUCCUUUGCGCCGUCCCCACAAUCUCCCUAUGAGCCACGGUACCGCAGUAGCACUAGCUCGGUUCCACGAUACAUUAAACCAUCAUCAACUACCACAACCACUACCACCGCCAUACCCAGUACAACCACCACACUACCUCGCACGACCACUACCACCCCCACCGCCGCUGACCAAUAUCCACGGUUCCGUCCGUCCACUCAGUACGACCAGCAGGUCCCUUCCGGGGUUAACUUCCAUCCGAUCCCGGAUGAUCACUACUAUGACGACGAUAGUGACGCCCGUGAGGAUAGUGCCGACCAGGUGGAUGACGAGUACGCGACUCUGUCCAAAACUCGGUACGAUUAUGGGGCACCGUCUCGUGCCGCCGCGGAUUCGACGAACGACCAUUCCAAGAAGCAGUUUAUUACCCAAAAGCUUCUGCCGGUGUUCUCGCAUACGUACUCGCAGUCCGAUCCUCGUUCGGCGUCAUCGGCAAACGCACAUGCAAUGUCGUCCGAUGUUUACGAUGAGACUCCCUUUUCGUACGAUACACGGCCGGACUUUUCACCUUCCGGUGCCGCUGAACAGUUUGUCCCACUGACAAGCACAUUGCCACCAACAACCACUACGACUACUACUACUAGAAAGCCAACGACAACCCCUACCACUACCACAACUACCACUAUGAAGCCUACAACAACUACCACUAGAAAGCCCACGACAACCCCUACCACUACGACAACCACCACUCAAAGGCCUACUACAACCCCCAUUGCUACAACAGUGUCCCCAAUAACCCGUUUGCCCUACACCGUUCAAGAAUCCCAGCGCCAAAAAUUGCAAAAGUUUAUCAUCUCUGACAUCCAACCGGCUAGUUUCCGGACCCCGUUUAGUACCACGGCUAAAGCACAACCCCUGCCCGAUUACGAUAGCUAUCUGUAUCAGGAAGCAGUUCCGAACAGUGUACGAUCGCGCAAUCAGCACACUUUUCUGAAAGCCAUUGCUACAACGCUUUCGGCGACGCAAUCCUCCACGAUCGCAACAACCACGCCGGAAGCUCCUAUCAUACGAUCAUUCACAUCCAGGCCUACUCCUAUUGCAUCUCAAUCUCCCGUAGUCCCUACUCGUUCGGAACAAUUUGGUUCCAACAAAUCGGUUCGAUUGACGCUCACUUCGCAAGAUUGGAAUGACCAACGUCCUCUUUCGACGUUUAGUUCCAGUACCGGCGCGCCAAAGGUUGACAAUCGCUCGGAACAAAAGUUUAGUAGCAAUAGGUUUUAUAACCUUACGCUAAGCUCCGGGUUUGUCGGUUUGCCGGGAACUGUCCCAAGUUCAGGCUACCGUGCGCGCAUGGAAAUUCCAAGAAACCAGGAACCCUUGCCGAGCUAUACAUCCUUUACACUCUCGGAUGCUGUCACAAGUAGUUCGCGUGGGGUAUCCACUACCAAUUCGGAAGAGUUGCCCGAAACAACUACUCCAUUCACUACGAUUACGACACCUAGUACUACUACUACUACUACAACUCCUACCGUAAGCCCCAUUUCAUUAGCCACCGGAAGUGGCCCUAGUAAUGUACGAUUUGUUUUAAGUUCUAGCUUAGGCACUACUGUCCGACCUCGUUACACGAAGUUCCAGGACGAGAAUGUUGCUCUUUAUAAGAGCCGUGAUGUACAGACCACGACGACAACGAUAAAUCGGCUUGCACCACGGCCAACCGUCGUCCCAACCGCUUCAAGCGACUGGGUCCCAUUGAUAGAGGAGAAGAUCCUGUCCAGUCCCAAGACCAAUACAUUGCUCGAACAGGAAGAUCAGGAACGUGAUACGGAUGAUCCACUGCUCCAAACGCGAGUACAAACGAAUACGGAGUAUUCCGUCGACACGGUCACUACACCUUCGACACCUCCGACUCGGUUCCCACCUAGAACUACUCUGGCGCCAUUCGGCAGUCUAGAGGGUAGAAAAUCUAUUGAAAAAGUACAAAGUCUUCCAACGCGUAGUCCUGUCCUCAAAGAGACAACUAGCAAAACACUUGAUCCGGUUACUAAUCCGCCAACGCGGUUAGUAGUUUCGCCGUACAAAAGUUUGGAGGUUCAGCGUCAAACCACUUCCUCCGAUAAACCGUUUGCAUCUACGUCGAGAGUUAUCUCGAAUCUGUAUCGUACGACCACACCCGAAAUACCGGCUGUCGGUGGUCCAACGGUAAAGAGCUACUUCCAGUUCACAGCUGUACCGAAGUUGGCUGCUAUAUUGCGUGAAACUACCACACCUAGUACGACAACGGUUCGAUUAACCACUACUACUACCACGACGACUGUUGCUCCUCCAAGCACGACCGUGACUAGUACGAGUGAAGAGCCUACUACCGUUCGUAGUACUAGUGCACCUUCAUCGACGACGGUCCCAUCAACUUCUCUCAGCAGUAGCUCUGAAGAGGUGACCACUACCACCAGCUCUUUGCCCAGAUCGACCGAGGUGUUUCGGGGUCGGUAUCGUCCCGUGUUCAGCUUUGUACGUUCUUCGGAAUCGUACGAUGAGGCAACUACUCCACGGUAUCACUAUCUUCGUAAUCGUGGACGAGGGUCUCCCCGCCGUUCCUACACCAGGUUACGGCCAACGUCACAAAGUUACACUCUAGAAUCGAGCACGAUUGAUGACGCGCUUAGUAUACAGAAAACAUCCCCAGCUAGCAGUAGCUUAGUUCCGACAAGAGAUUACAGUGGAACGUCCGAUAGUACAGUGUUAUCGAUUGCCACCGAGUAUGACGAUCGUGUAGGUAGUUCAAGCUCAUCUUCCUCAGCCUAUCUGAACCGUAUUCCGACAACCGAUCGUACGAAAUACCAAUCGACCGAUCGCGAAAUCUCUAAAACAGCACAUGUCAAGAGUCGUUACGAUCGACUCGAUUUCAAUCGUACCGUAAAGGAAGAUCAGCUACAACAAUCCGUUACUACCGGGCAACCGAUUCGCGUUGUCCAAAUCACGGACAAACCGGUAUACUAUACGCGCUUCCAUUCGACAUCCACUGAAGAAAGUUCUUUUGCUGUCGCCAACAGCAGUCGUGAGCCGGAAUCGACAACGAAAAAAUUCCGUGCUACGGUCGAGAUGCCGGAAAUGAACAUUCCGACCGAGAAGGAGCUACUUUCCUAUCAUCAGGACAGUGGGAACACGUCGGAAGACGAGGAUCGGGACCUCGAUGACGAUGAGGACGACAGUGAAGAUGACGAUGUUGAGCCCGUGGACGAAGAUCUGGCGGAUUAUUCGUAUCUGGAAACAUCCAGCAUACCGUCGACUACGACGACUAGCUCUAGCACAACUACAACGACACUACGGAGCACCUUUAGGCCGAUGGCACGUGCCUCCAAACGAUACACGACGCCACAUUAUGCCGCCAUUGCGGCAGUCACUACCGAGCGUAAUUUCCAUUCGGCUGUGCCAUCGCGCUUCUACCCUAGUACAACGCAAGGAUUGAACCUUACGGCUGGUGCUGCUGAGGAUAUCGGGAAGAGCUACAUUUUGAACAGUAGCUCUGUUUUGUUCCCCCAAUCUUCCACCACCGUUCCUUCCAUUCCCACCACAACCAAUACUACCACAACCCUCACAACCACCACCACCACAAUCCGCCCGCCAACGACGUACUCCGUAAACAAGCUCCCACCGCGCGCUUCCAGGGUCAAUAAUGCCAUAAAGACCACGAUCGCAGCCGCACAACUGCCACGCCGAUAUAGCAAACCAUCCGCAGCAGGAAAAAGUAUACAAUGUACAGAAAACUCACUGUCCGCCAAAUGCAACGAGAUUCCCUCGAGAGUUAGCAACAGUAAUAGUAACAACAACCGCAACCGUGGCAGUUCGCAUUAUGCGACCGAUGGGCAAUCGACCGUUUCGGCCAACCGAGGAACGCACCCACCACGUGCACGACCAACAUUGAAGCCGUCGCAGAACAUCGUUUCGAAGGCGCAGGAGUUUGUCGAUAUUUAUCGCCAUCCGCCAACUCGUCCGGAGCCUCUAUACCCUCAACCAACACCGGACAAGACAGCUGCCAAAUGCCGGAAGGAUGUGUGUCUGCUGCCCGAUUGCUACUGCGGUGGAAAGGACGUACCUGGUGAACUGCCGGUGGAGCAAGUGCCACAGAUCGUACUGCUCACGUUCGACGAUUCCGUGAACGAUCUGAACAAGCAGCUCUACCAGGAUCUGUUCGAGCGAGGACGUGUUAACCCGAACGGUUGCCCAAUCACGGCGACGUUCUACGUAUCGCACGAAUGGACCGAUUACAGCCAGGUGCAGAACCUGUACGCCGACGGACACGAAAUGGCAUCGCACACAGUUUCGCAUAGCUUCGGUGAAUCGUUCUCGCCCAAGAAGUGGGCCCGUGAAGUUGCCGGCCAGCGUGAAAUUCUUUCCGCAUACGGUGGCGUCAAGCUGGAAGAUGUGCGCGGUAUGCGUGCACCCUUCCUGUCGAUCGGUGGCAACAAAAUGUUCAAGAUGCUGCACGACUUUAACUUCACGUACGAUUCGUCGAUGCCGGUGUACGAAAACCGUCCGCCGAGCUGGCCGUACACGCUUGACUACAAGAUCUUCCACGAUUGUAUGAUUCCGCCCUGUCCAACCAAGAGCUAUCCAGGUGUUUGGGAGGUUCCUAUGGUGAUGUGGCAGGAUUUGAACGGUGGUCGCUGCUCGAUGGGUGACGCUUGCUCCAAUCCGCCAGAAGCCGAGGGUGUGUAUAAGAUGAUCAUGAAAAACUUCGAACGUCACUACACGACCAACCGGGCACCGUUCGGGCUGUACUACCAUGCCGCCUGGUUCACGCAGCCGCACCACAAGGAAGGAUUCAUACAAUUCCUGGACGCGAUCAAUUCGAUGAAGGAUGUGUUCAUCAUCACGAACUGGCAGGCGCUGCAGUGGGUACGCGACCCAACUCCGCUCUCCCGCAUCAACUCCUUCACGCCCUUCCAGUGCAACUAUGGGGAUCGUCCAAAGCGUUGCAACAACCCGAAGGUAUGCAACCUGUGGCACAAAUCUGGCGUCCGGUACAUGCGAACCUGCCAACCCUGCCCGGACAUAUACCCAUGGACCGGCAAAACUGGCAUCCGUUCGUCGCGCAUCGACAACGACAUCGAGGUAGCCGACACCAACUAAGUCAUACCAGGUGAUGUGUGCGUGCAGGCAGCGUCCAUCACGUGUUGGAGUUCUUUUUUUUGCCCGGUGCUCAAAAGCAUGGCGCCAUUUGCUGGAAGGAUUUUUUUCUUUUGCAACCAAAUUCAAUCUGUCAGUUAAAAGAAAACUAAUCGAACCACAAACCCGAUUGCGCCCAAGCAUAUAGCCGGCAAUGAACCGAGUCGUCAAACACUGCCCUGCACAGCAGCAACACGCGCGCGGAAUACGGCACCGAAAGUUCCCAGAACCAUCUGAUAAGGAUUUGCGGCUGUGUGCUUCCUUAAACUAAACGCAAAACAUACGCCAUUAUCGUCGAUCACUGCUACAACUGCUCCAUUAAAACAGAUGUCCGCUAGGACUCUGUCCACUGGAGCUUGUAUUUGUACUCUACUGAACAUUCAUCACCCUAUUACAUCGCACGCGCUCUUCCUUUUGUUUUAGGGUAGGAACUACCGAAGGCAACGACGUGGUAAGAUGCCUACCGGCUUAGAUACUAAUUCUAGUGUAUGAUACUAUUUUAUUCAGCUAUAAAUUAUUAGAACUACGCAGAACCUUUAGUAGGCGACCUUAGUGGAAAGCAAAAUGGUGGAACGGUGUGGAACACGUUAAACAACACCAACAAGUGUGUAUACUACUUCUGGCAUGUUUUCUGAUUGUAAAUAGUUUUGGCCACUUUACAAACGGUACUAAACGUGAGCACUUAUUUCGGACAGAACAAAAAUUGAUUGUAAAAAUUCUGAAAUUUUGAUCUGACGCAACCUACAUGGCUAAUACUAGUGCAACAUUUUAGCUAUAUUGUGUGUGUUUCUUUGCCGAGUUCUACUGAGCUAUUUUUCACAAUUUCUGGCACGUUUCGUCCACUAUUUAAGGCUACUGUUUAUUGCGUAUACCUAUGAGUGUGGCACAGCAGUGAUGAUAAGUACACAGGCAGGAUGGAAGUAAAACACGCUCGGUGACUGGAUAUAAGUGCACUGCCAUAAUGAGAGGAAAAAAUUGAAUAACAAAAAAAUAUUUGCAACUGGAAAGCACCAUUGCUGAGCGAGAAUUAGAAGUGAAGUGAAAAUAUGAAAUGAUAAAAAAGAAGUACAGCAUAAAGUAAUGAAAGUUGCACAAAAAUCCUAUAAGAAGAGAUAGAAACAUACAAACGAACGAACUAAGCAAAACACUGAACGUGUUAAGUGUGUUGACAUUGAUAAAACAAGAUACUAUAGAAUGAAAUGCAAAGCAACUCAAACAACUGUUGGCAACAUUGUAACGCAAAACAAAACAUAAUAGCGUCACUUGUGAAGUAUCGUCUAACGCCCACUGUUACACUGGUGUCCAGUUCCAUCGUUUUGUUGCUGUAUUCUAAUUCUUACCGAGUUUUUUGGGAAGUUUUUCUAUCUUCCGGUUACGGUAUGCUUUCGGUUAAAAGGUUAUACUUCUGGUCUUUCGUUUUAUCUGCUUAUACUUAAUUUCAAAAAGCAUAUAUAAAUUAAAAGCAAACACGUAUGUGCAAGACGAUGGUACGCAUACCUUUGUAACGGGGCGUUCGCUACGAGUGUAACUUCUAUUUCAAACCUCAAACUCAAACCGCAGUUCGUAAACUAGGUGGCAGCAACUAGCGUGUUCCGUUGACAAUCAGAGACAGUAUUGUGCUAAACCACGUACCGAAGGGGUGGACCAGAAAGUGACAAUAUUUAUAGGUUUAUAGGCGAUAACUUAGGUGGAAGCACACAGGAAGGCACAAAAGCAGAAGAGUGUAGUGGUAGGAAUAAAAUGAAUGCUUUCGUUUCUGUAAAUAGAUCAUCUAUCGGGCACUUGCAAACAAAUGGGCAAAUCCCGUACACCCAACACUGUCCGCAACGGUCAGCUGCGGGCGUGAAAAUGUGUGCUCUCUAUACCCUGUAAGAUGGGCAAUAAGAUGUCGAGUGGCAGCUCGUAGCAGAGUGAAAAGCGUACUUCUUGCUUCUUUUCUUACAAUUUGACAAUGUUUGACAAACAUUCUUCAGCAAUUGGUAGUUUGCGAGUACAUGAAGGGAAACCGGAAUGUUUGUAUCUUCUUUUAUUUUCGCCCGCCUUUUCGUAUAUUACUGACAAAACGCCACCAUAUGCGUGUGGGUGCGUCCUCACUUAGGUCUUUACCGAAAAUGUAUUUUUUGUCUACCUUGUCCGUUUUGUGUUACUGUUAGCUGUUAGGAAUUCAAACGAUGAACGACGAGCGGUGGAAAAGCACGCGGAUGAGUAAACGCUAGUGUUGUGUAUUGGAGUA